UGCUCGCGCUUCUCUUUAGUUGCAUUGCAAGUCUCGUGCUGUUUGAUCGCCGAAGCGCGCGUAAUUCCAAGAAAAAUCCCGCUGCGUCCGAGUUCGAUUGUCGCCGCUGCCUGUCGGGUUGGGAUCGGAGUUGCGAACUUCCGUCGGAAGCGUGAUGGAGUGGAGCCUUUUGGCCAGCUUCCAAGUGAUUAACUGUAGAGAAUACUUACCAUCUUUUGUGCAACUAUAUCGACUCUGAGGCACUAGUUCAAAGCCAAAACCAAAGCCAGUUCAUCCUAUAGUGAGGCAUCAGUUUAGUUCUUAAGUUAUCGGGAAGCAGAUUGGAUCCGGACAAUGGAUAUGUCCAGCGCCAACUCGUUGCGACCCCUAUUCGCAGGUUAUCCCUUUCAAGGACAAGGUCGCGUCAACCAGCGGGGCGUCUUUAUCAAUGGUCGCCCGCUGCCCAAUCACAUUCGCCUGAAGAUCGUGGAAAUGGCGGCCAGUGGAGUUCGUCCCUGUGUGAUUUCCCGUCAGUUACGAGUCUCCCACGGUUGUGUGUCAAAGAUCUUGAACCGUUACCAGGAGACGGGCUCCAUCAGGCCGGGCGUAAUAGGUGGAUCUAAGCCGAAGGUCACCUCACCGGAGAUCGAGACGCGUAUUGAUGAGCUGCGGAAGGAAAAUGCCGGGAUAUUCAGUUGGGAGAUACGCGAGAAGCUGAUCAAGGAGGGCUUUGCGGAUCCCCCUUCGACGUCGUCUAUCAGCCGCUUGUUGCGCGGAAACGACCGCGGCAGCGAAGAUGGUCGGAAGGACUACACCAUACACGGAAUACUUGGAGGCCGCGACUCGGACAUGAGUGAGACGGAGUCGGAGCCUGGGAUUCCGUUGAAGCGCAAGCAGCGCCGUUCCCGCACCACCUUUACCGCCGAGCAGCUGGAGGCUCUGGAGCGGGCCUUUGCCCGCACCCAGUAUCCGGAUGUCUAUACCCGAGAGGAGCUGGCCCAGACCACUGGCCUCACCGAGGCUCGUAUCCAAGUCUGGUUCUCCAAUCGCCGGGCCCGUCUUCGCAAGCACUCGGGUGGAUCAAGCUCUGGUCUCUCCCCCAUGAACAGUGGCGGCAGCUCCAGUGUGGGCGUGGGUGUCGGGGUGGGCCCAAGCGGAGCCACUGCUCCUCUGGGCUUUGGCCCCCUCGGAGUAGGCUCCAUGGCGGGCUACAGCCCAGCACCAGGAACCACCGCCAACGGAGCAGGCAUGAACGAGGUAGUGCAUCAUACGGCUCACGCCCCUAGCUCCCAUCACAGUGCAGCAGCGGCUGCUGCGGCGGCGCAUCACCACACUCAGAUGGGAGGCUACGACUUGGUUCAGAGUGCGGCCCAGCACGGAUUCCCAGGCGGCUUCGCACAGCCCGGACACUUUGGCAGUCAAAACUACUACCAUCAAGACUACUCUAAACUGUCAAUAGAUGACUUCUCCAAGCUGACCGCCGACAGUGUUUCCAAGAUCUCGCCCUCGCUGCACCUGAGCGACUACUCAAAGCUGGAGUCCCAGUCACCCUCGAACUGGUCGCAGGCCGCCUACCAUCUGAACCAGACGGCGGUGGCCGCGGCCAACUACAAUGCCCAUGUGGCCCAGCACCAGCUCAACGACUAUGCCGCUGCAGCGGCUCACGGGAACGCAGCAGCGGCGGCUGCCUACAACCACAAUCACCCCUUGCCGGCACAGGGCCAGGCCAAGUACUGGUCAUAAGUCGUAGAGUAGUAACCUAUCGAUUUUCGUGUUAGUUUCAUGCAUUUCAAUUAUCAGCAGAGGCUGAGGCAGAGGCUGAGACGUAUAGAGUGUUAGGUAACUAUUUACACUCCUGAAACGUGAAUAUGGAAAGUAUCGGCUUGGCUAUAAUUUAAGAUUACUUUGCUUACUGCCUGGGCAUUACAUGGCUUUCAGAGGCGCAUUAAGGCUGGCAGCAUUUG